AUGGCUACGAUAGUUCAUCGUCAGGCCCUUGCACCUCGGCCGGUCAACGACAGCACGCCCCAGCGACUCUCAGGCAGUGCAGGCCCCGGGAGCUCUCAUAGUCUCAAACGAGCUCGUGAAGACGACGGAGAGGACGUGGUCGCAUCCCGAGGAUCUGCAAAGCGCUCCCGGGCGAGCCUCGACAACAUCAGUGAUACACUCCGGGCAAUCGCUCCAGAGACCAAGAUAGCUGCGCUCGAGCUCACUCCCCGUCCUAUGAAACCAGCUCAUACAGUCGCAAAAGUCGAUAAGCAAGCUGACCGAACAACCGAGGAUAAGCUUACGAAGGGAAACCGCACGUCGUCGAAGAAGACGCGUGAGGAAAAGGAAAAAUCUCAUGCCGCAAGACUCGCUGCUGAAGAAGAAUUCAGCUCCAAGUAUCGAAGCGCGUUUCCCUCUUGGAAAUUUUACUUCGACGGAGUUCCCACAGCAGCAGUAGCAACCAACUAA